AUGUCUUCCACUGCUGCUGCUGAUUUCAUCAUUGACUUUGGAAGUUUCACCACAAAAUAUGGUCUUCCACUCGAUGAAAUUCCCUUCGAAUUUCACACCAUUGUUGGACAAUAUGAAAUGCAAGGUUUCUCGGGAAUGAGCAAGAUAUCAUGUGGAACCAAAGUACUUCAGGAAAAGUCGAUUGGAAACUUUAGAUUAAAAACAUUGAGCCCAAUGGUGUCUCGUGGAACGUUUAAUGGAGAUUCUACUCUCAAUAUGGAAACUUUGUUUAAUCAAACAUUUCGUUCCUUGUACACUUUGGAAGAUGCCAAAUAUUCUGAACAGAGUUUGAAAGAGAAACGGUUGAAUGUGACAUUGGCUGCUGUACAGUCGAGUCAAUCUGUGAGAAAUCUCACACAAUUAAUAUUUGAAAAAUAUGGAAUUCAAAGUUUGCAAUAUUUCACACCUACGGAAAAUAUUUCAAGCGUGACCAAGCCAACAACACUUGAUAGUGCAGAGCAUUACAUUCUUGAAAUGGGUCAUGGUCUUACUCAGUUGGCAAAAUUGAAUUCAAAUGGAGCUCCAAUAUGUCACAUUCCACUCGGAGGAAUGGAUAUUACCAAAUAUAUCAAAGAUCAUUUAGUGAAUGGUGUUGAAGAAAGUAUUUUGAAAUUAACAGAAUUGAAAGAACAAAACUGUCAGUGUACACUUCCAUCCUCCUCUAAUUCCUUACCUGAACAAGAGAAUGUCUAUUCACAAGCUCCAGAAGUUCUCUUUUCCUCCAAUCAACAAUUUGUCUCCAAAAUUUUAAAUUACAUUUCCACUCAACAUCAGGAAAAUCUUGACAAUAACAUUGUGAUUCAUUUGAGUGGAGGAACUUCAUUAUUGAAAGGUCUCAAAGAACGAUUAGCAUUUGAAUUACAACAACAUUCAGAUAAGGCCACUUAUAAAUUUGCCUCACACAUUCAAGUAGAAUAUAACAAGAUGGGAAAAGAUUCGAGUUUCUUUGGAGCAUGUAAGAGAGUGAAGGAGAGUGAUGCACAUUCAUCUCAACAAUCUUGUUCGCUCUCUGAAUUUAGAGAAAAGGGAAUGGAUCGAGUGUUGGCAGAAAAUUACAAACAUCUCUUUUCACACCAAUAA